AGCUGAAGAAGCGGCGGCGGCGGCGGCGGAGGCUCGGGCAGAGGGGCGGGAGCAGAGGCGGGAGCGGACGGGCUCGGGAGAGGCGGCGGAAUGGUGGACUACCACGCGGCGAACCAGUCGUACCAGUACGGCCCCAGCAGCGGGAGCAAUGGCGCCGGCGGCGGCGGUAGCAUGGGCGACUACAUGGCCCAGGAGGACGACUGGGACCGGGACCUGCUGCUGGACCCGGCCUGGGAGAAGCAGCAGCGCAAGACCUUCACAGCCUGGUGCAACUCCCACCUGCGCAAGGCUGGCACGCAGAUCGAGAACAUCGACGAGGACUUCCGAGACGGGCUCAAGCUCAUGCUUCUCCUGGAAGUCAUUUCCGGGGAGCGGUUACCUAAGCCAGAGCGGGGCAAGAUGAGGGUGCAUAAGAUCAACAACGUGAACAAGGCACUGGACUUCAUCGCCAGCAAAGGAGUCAAGCUGGUCUCCAUCGGGGCAGAAGAGAUCGUGGACGGCAACGCAAAGAUGACGCUGGGCAUGAUCUGGACCAUCAUCCUCAGGUUCGCCAUCCAGGACAUCUCCGUGGAGGAGACCUCUGCCAAGGAGGGGCUCCUCCUCUGGUGCCAGCGGAAGACGGCCCCGUACAAGAACGUCAAUGUGCAGAACUUCCACAUCAGCUGGAAGGACGGGCUCGCCUUCAAUGCCCUGAUCCACCGGCACAGACCAGAGCUGAUCGAGUAUGACAAGCUGAGAAAGGACGACCCCGUCACCAACCUGAACAAUGCCUUCGAAGUGGCUGAGAAGUACCUAGACAUCCCCAAGAUGCUGGAUGCGGAGGACAUCGUGAACACGGCCCGGCCCGACGAGAAGGCCAUAAUGACCUAUGUGUCCAGCUUCUACCAUGCCUUUUCGGGAGCGCAGAAGGCCGAGACCGCCGCCAACCGGAUCUGCAAGGUGCUGGCUGUCAAUCAGGAGAACGAGCAUCUGAUGGAAGAUUAUGAGAGGCUGGCCAGCGAUCUCCUGGAGUGGAUCCGGCGCACCAUCCCCUGGCUGGAGGACCGCGUGCCCCAGAAAACCAUCCAGGAGAUGCAGCAGAAGCUGGAGGACUUCCGCGACUACCGGCGUGUCCACAAACCGCCUAAGGUACAAGAGAAGUGCCAGCUGGAGAUCAAUUUCAACACGCUGCAGACCAAGCUGCGCCUCAGCAACCGGCCCGCCUUCAUGCCCUCCGAGGGCAAGAUGGUCUCGGACAUCAACAAUGGCUGGCAGCACCUGGAGCAGGCGGAGAAGGGCUACGAGGAGUGGCUACUGAAUGAGAUCCGCAGGCUGGAGCGGCUCGACCACCUGGCAGAGAAGUUCCGGCAGAAGGCCUCCAUCCACGAGGCCUGGACUGAUGGGAAGGAGGCCAUGCUGAAACAGCGGGACUAUGAGACAGCCACCCUCUCGGAUAUCAAAGCCCUCAUCCGCAAGCACGAGGCCUUCGAGAGCGACCUGGCCGCACACCAGGACCGCGUGGAGCAGAUUGCGGCCAUCGCCCAGGAGCUCAACGAGCUGGAUUACUACGACUCCCAUAAUGUCAACACCCGCUGCCAGAAGAUCUGCGACCAAUGGGACGCUCUUGGCUCUCUGACCCACAGCCGCAGGGAAGCCCUGGAGAAAACGGAGAAGCAGCUGGAGACCAUCGACCAGCUGCACCUGGAGUACGCCAAGCGGGCAGCGCCCUUCAACAACUGGAUGGAGAGCGCCAUGGAGGACCUGCAGGACAUGUUCAUCGUCCACACCAUCGAGGAGAUUGAGGGCCUGAUCUCAGCCCACGACCAGUUCAAGUCGACGCUGCCGGACGCCGACCGGGAACGGGAGGCCAUCCUGGCCAUUCACAAGGAGGCCCAGAGGAUCGCCGAGAGCAACCACAUCAAACUCUCGGGCAGCAACCCCUACACCACUGUCACCCCUCAGAUCAUCAACUCCAAGUGGGAGAAGGUGCAGCAGCUGGUGCCCAAGCGGGACCACGCGCUCCUCGAGGAGCAGAGCAAACAGCAGUCCAACGAGCACCUCCGCCGCCAGUUCGCCAGCCAGGCCAACAUCGUGGGGCCCUGGAUCCAGACCAAGAUGGAGGAGAUCGGCCGCAUCUCCAUCGAGAUGAACGGGACGCUGGAAGACCAGCUGAGCCACCUGAAGCAGUAUGAGCGCAGCAUCGUGGACUACAAGCCGAACCUGGACCUGCUGGAGCAGCAGCAUCAGCUCAUCCAGGAGGCCCUCAUCUUUGACAACAAACACACCAACUACACCAUGGAGCACAUCCGCGUGGGCUGGGAGCAGCUGCUCACUACCAUCGCCCGCACCAUCAACGAGGUCGAGAACCAGAUCCUCACCCGCGACGCCAAGGGCAUCAGCCAAGAGCAGAUGCAGGAGUUCCGGGCAUCCUUCAAUCACUUCGACAAGGACCACGGCGGGGCGCUGGGGCCGGAGGAGUUCAAGGCCUGCCUCAUCAGCCUGGGCUACGACGUGGAGAAUGACCGGCAGAAGCAGACAGGCAGCAUGGACUCCGAUGACUUCAGGGCUCUGCUUAUCUCCACAGGAUACAGCCUGGGCGAUGCCGAGUUCAACCGCAUCAUGAGCGUGGUCGACCCCAACCACAGCGGCCUCGUGACCUUCCAAGCCUUCAUCGACUUCAUGUCGAGGGAGACCACAGACACCGACACAGCCGACCAGGUCAUCGCCUCCUUCAAGGUCCUGGCAGGCGACAAGAACUUCAUCACGGCAGAGGAGCUGCGGAGAGAGCUGCCGCCCGACCAGGCCGAGUACUGCAUCGCCCGCAUGGCGCCGUACCAGGGCCCCGACGCCGUGCCCGGCGCCCUCGACUACAAGUCCUUCUCCACAGCCCUGUACGGCGAGAGCGACCUGUGAGGCCCCCCCCCCCACCGAGAACCCCUGACCGGAUGGCCCUUGUCACAGCCUCCAGGAGGGGCUGUCUCUCUCUCCCGGCUCCUGACUCUGUAUCUAUGCAAAGCACUCUGGCGGUCCUUUCUGGGGGGCGGAGGGCAGGGAGGGGCUGGGGCGGGCUCUCUCCUCUCUGUCUGUGUGUCGGAUGCCAGGGAGGCUUUCCCCUCCCCUGGACCGGCCUAAGGGACACGUCCAGGGUCAGGCUCCUGGUCUGGGAAAUGUAUAUGAUGUGUUG